GGUCGAGAAUAUCCGCUCAAACCUUCAAGCUCGAGGCAAAACAAUCAUGACAAAGAAAAUUGCUGAAACGUCUCGAGCUGAUGUGAGACCCAAGAAACCCACUGGGGUGAAGAUCCAAGAAUGGAAACAAGAAGAGAAGAAUCAUAAGAAAGAUGAUAGCACCGAGACUACCACGACCUCAAAACGCUCGAAGCGUGUGGUCAUCGAAUUCGACGAAGAAAAAGAUGAAGAAGAGGAAAGACCUCUUGUAAGAAAAAGAAAAUCACCUGAGACUUCGACCAAAUCUGCUGACCAAACAGAGGCAGGCGAUUCCCAGGCUCAAAUGCCUAAGAAGAAAAAGAAAGUGAAGCAGAUCGAGCCUGAACCUUCUGUGACGGUCGAGGGUGGUGAGCCAGUCAGGAAGAAAAAGAAGAAGACCAAGUCUUCAAAAGAACAAGGUGAGAAUCAACCUGUUGACGUCCAACCACCUUCGACUGAUGUUGGCGGCGCUGAAACAGAAACUAUUCCCUCUAUUGCUGAGAUGGGCAACCUUGUCGAACAACCGGACUUACCACAAGAACACCCUACCGUCGAGGUACAACAAAAUGUUUCUGUAGAAGAAAUACCCUCAUGUGCUCGAACCUCUCCUGCUCCUGAGACGGAUGCAGUGAAUGUUGAGGAACAGGGUGAAGGUCAAGGUAUUGGACCCAGCAGUCCUCAGGGAUCGAGUCAGAGAAGUUCAUCUGAAGAACACUUUUCCGAUGAAGAGGCCAUACAAGAGGCUGAAGCUGGAGGUUCAGACAUUUUCCCAGCGUCUUCGACAUCUAAGCUUUCCGCUAGCAUAGGGAUCGCAGAGGAUACAUUCAUUCAAAUGCAAGACGAAGACCCUGCUGCAGCCCUUCGACUCCUGCUGAACACCAGUCAAGCCAACACCUCAAGUGAAAAGAAUCCUGGUGCUUCGUCCUCAUCUGAUGCUGAUAUAACCUCUACAGUACGCCAAGAUUGCCUGCUUUUGAAGUUAUCAAUGGAAUACGCACGGGCAGACGUACUUAAAUCCAUUGAAGAGAACCCUUCUGCUGCUUUUGGGCACCUGAACUUUUUGAAGAAAUUGCAUAACCCCCUUACUUCUGAUGAGAUUCUGGGCAAAGUUAUACAAAUCGAGUCCAUUAUCGAUCAAUUUGCAAAUACUGUGCAGAAAAAACGCGAAAAUGGCGCCAGACUCGAUGCCCAGAAACAGGCACAUAUCCUUCUGCUCGAGAAAGCCCGAGCGGCUCAAUGUGAAGUCGAGCGUCUCACCAAAGAGGCGAAAGAAGGAUCUUCUGAGAUCAAAGCCUGUGAUGAUAACAUCUCCUCCUGGGAGGCAACUAUUACAAAUUUGCUGUCUCAGGUCGAUGAUCUAAGGCAGAAAAUUGUAACAGAGCAGGCCAAACGCAAAGAACUCCAGGAGAAGGCUGCUGAUUCGAUUCAGAAGCUGGUUGCCGAAAAAGGGAGGGAAGGCCUGAAGGCCUUUAGUGCAUCUCAAGCGGUAGCAGAUGAGGCGAGAGCUAUGGAGAGUGCUGACCAGGUUUUGAGCAAAGAGAUGGCCACCUUGAAGAAACUAUAUGAGGACUUAGUCAUGCAUUAG